AUGUCCGUGAGUUCGAAUGAUUCAAACGGAUUCCGCGGUAAAGAUUUUUAUAAAAGAAAAGAAUCAAAAUCGAGUUGUCCGAUAUUAAGAUGCGACGGUUGCGACGACGGAAAUGACGACGACGACGAUGAAAAAACGGCAAUGAAAGAUGAAAAAAGUUAUGUGACUAUCGGAUCCGUUCGAUAUGGCGUUCGCUUUUCUCCGUCGUCACCCGAUGAAAAUACUUCUCCCUCUCGCGGUUCGAUUCCAAACGAUGGGGAUUCAAUUGAAAUUGAUCACUGUUGCGACGUAAUGCAGAUGGCGUGGCCCCGUACGACUCGGGGAUCUUCUCUUCCGCCUUCUAAGAUCCCUCUCCCGAACGCGAACGAAAAAGUGCAGGCUAAUAAUAAACGCGGCGGCGGCGGUGGUAAGGCCGGCGAAGAGAGAGCGACGGCGCCAGUAUACCGCAGUGUUUCCGAGGUGUCACGGCCGAAAAGGAUUCCCGUGAGCAGCUGUUUUGCGGUCGAGAGUGACGAAUCAAACAACAUUGGGGACAUGAAAGCAACGAGUCCCCAAACGCCGAAUUCCUCUCGUCGACCUCUUUUUGCCAAAGCCAAUUUUAAAUUCGGUGGUAAUGCUCCAACUCCUUCUUCAUCUUCGUCCUCCGAAGAUAAGGACACGUCGAGAUUGAUACCGGGUACGAAAGAUGAUAAUUCAACGUCCGGAAAUCAAUUUCAAAUCACUUUGGAUAAAUUACAAAAGUUCAGGUUCGGAGGGAAUAACGAUAAAUCCGCGGCAUCCGGUGCGGUGCAAAAAAAGAAAAAAAUCAGUGACAAAACGGAAAGAUUACGAGAAUUGACGGAUAAACUCCUUCACAGUCGUGGUCCUAGUGCGGGAAGUGGUGAUAAAAAGAAACCGCCGACGUGCAAUUCUUCAUCUAGUUCUCCGUCGAAAUCUAUUAGCGGCAAACAAACGGGAGGCCCCAGUUUAAGAAACUUUUUCGGUAGUACAACUAGUUUGACGGGUUUUCAAUCGAAAUCCGGAGGUCCCAAACGGGAAGCAUCCAUUCGGAGCGUGGAUUCGGGACCCGCGACACAAUCGCCGAAAGAUUUCGAUGUGAAAAGUGACGAGUGUAAAACAUUAUCGGACGAUGAUAAAUUCGAUUGUAACAUACCCAAACCGAAAAAAACUCAUUCUAAACCCACCAUAUCCGGUAUCGCUGGUUACGCUCAACGCAUCAACGCCUUUCGCAGCGCUUCCUUCUCUCAGGUUGAUUAUGACACCGCGGACGGGAAAUACACGAGAACGCUACGUAAAAACGGAAACGAAUCCAAACCCGGUAUUCCAUCGUUCGGUUGUGUCACAUUCCCAAGAGUGAAACAAGUGGACGCUUCAACAUCCGUGAGUCCGCCACCGGAUAAAGUUACCGAAAAUGCCGGAUCGACUCCAAGCGUGGAUUCGGCUGUUGGUUCGGACGAAGGUUUCGUCAUCGGAUCAUCCAACAAUUUGAUACUCAUAUCGGAGGGACACAAACCCUCCGGCGGUUCGAGAUCUUUAACUUAUCCUUUUACAAAAAAAUUAUCUAAAUCCGAUGAAAUACCAUUUUCUUCCAUCGACGGAAACGGUUUGAAAAGCCUUCAUCAAUGUUCGUUGAACAGAGAACUUUCCGAUGUGAAAGAAGAAGUUAGCGUGUCUUCGGAAACUCCAACCAUCGGUGGUGGUGACACUCUUAGCGUGGGUUCGAACGAAACGGUCCGAGAGUUUCACGAAAAAACUUGUGAUAAUAGUUUAAAUAAUAGUGCAAAUAACAGUCCGAAUCCGAGAGUGAGUCCGAAUUCUGAAAAAACCGUUUAUCAAUGCAUGGUCAAAGAAUAUCCUAUGAUUGUUUCCACGACGGAAAUACCCGUCGAUAAUUCAAAAUCCGUACCCGACAAAAACGAAACGUUAGAAACAUUGGAAACGUUGGAAAGAGAAAUAAACGAAUUAAUAAUACAGCAAAAGGGUAGCGGGACAUCACCGAAACCGGAAAUAUACGUGACGACGUGGCCGAAAGAAUCGGAUGUUGUCAGAGACAACGAUUCGGACGCGUCGGAAAAAUCAAAAACGGAAACGAAGAAAAAAAAUGAAAAUGAUGAUAAUAAUUUUUCGGAAAAAGAAAAAGGCGAAGAUGAUGACAACAAUAAAAACGAUAACAAAUCGAAAGAAUCCGAAACGGAGGAGAGUAAAAAAAUUGAUAAAAGAUGGUCUAGCGACACGUCGAACGAUGGUAGCAGCGAACCCGUGAGCGUGGAAGAAAAUUAUUUUAAAAAUCAAUGGACGAAAAAUGUUGAAAAACCCAAAUUAACGUGUCAGAGUUCCGACGAAAGAGAUGACGACGUGUCGGCAAACUACAGACGAUAUCAUUUGCUAAGCCGAAACGACUCGUUAUCGGAGGGAGACAGCGAUCAAGGUGAAAGAAGGCCUUCGACACCGAUGAGAGACAGAGAAAGAACUUGUUCACCUUCACCUUACGCUCACAAUUACGAUUUAUCAUCGGACAACGAAAGCAAAAAUGGAAGAUGUUCACACGGCCCGAGGCGAUAUUCCAAAAGGCCCUUAAGGGGACCCUACGGUCAAAUGUUGGAAGCAGAAAUGAAAAAACCCGAAACGACUCGUUUGUUGUCCAAAAAACAAUUUUCGGACGAUUUGAAAUUUUUAGAAGAAUACAUUCAUCCACUUCCCGAGGGUAGAGUUCAUUCGAACGAGAAUACCAGGCCCUCGUCGGAAUCAAGGUUGACGUGUCCACGUCCGAGAUUCAACGCGGGUCGUUCCUUUGACGAUUCACAAUUACAAAACGUUUACAACACGGAUCCCAGAUCCCCGAGUAAACGUAAAGCAAGUUCGACUCUUCCCUUUCCCAACGGUGAUGAUGCUCAAAAGGAUACCCUAGUAGUGUGCCAUCAAAGAACCACAUCUAGUCCAUCUCAAUUGGAAAAUUUUUCGUCAGGAAAUUCGUCUACGUCUGUAUCGACGUCGACGUCGGCGACGACACCGACGACACCGACGACAACAACGACAACGUCAUCAGACGUAAUAAAAGGAAAUCCUCAACCGAGUCAAGAAUUAUUAGCAGCUCUACUUAAGGGUAGUUCGGAAAGACGAUACGUCACGGAAGAUAAUCCAUUGGGAAAUGCUCAAAAUUCAAAGGUAAGACUCACUUUUUUCUUCCUUUUUCUUAUUUUCAAUGGAAAUUAA